AUGGGUCUCCUUUCCAAAACCGUCUUCUCGUCGCUCGUGGCGACCACCAGUCUCGCGGCCUACCUGGCCGCCAAGAACCCCGUCCUCUCGCCCCUCGCAGCGUCCGACCCGAUCUGGACGUCGAAGCUGUUCAAGCGAUACAACCCGUCCGCCAACCCCGCGACCCAGGACGUGUGCAUCAAGCGCCUGCCGCUCGACAGGAUCCGACCCGAGCUUCUCAAAAACCCGGGCGAUCUCGUCCUAGAAUACUGCCGCGGCGUCUGGUCCGGCUACGGCUUCGAGGCGCAGCGCCGCUAUCUCGAGUGGAAGUACCGCGGGCCCGAGACGAGCGCGGACCUGUGGACGAGGGAGCAGCUCUCCCGGAGCGCGUACGACGAGGGGACCUGCAUCGCGGACCACUUCGAGGUUGUGGAAAAGACGGCCACGUCCAUCACGGUGCGGUGCGGCGACUCCCCCCGCGUCCGGGGCCCGCGAGGCGGCGACGGCCUGUUUGUCAUUGGCGCCGUGGUGGACGACGCGCGGGCCGAGGUCGAGCUCACGCUGAAGAGCUGCUUGUUCGCGAGCCAGGGCAAAGUGUUGGGGGUCAAGGGACCGAUGCCGCCUUGGAUGGAGGAGCUGCAUCAGUGGUAUGCGCGCAUCUGGUCCGAGUCUGGGUCGCGGCGGCUGUUGAAGUGA